AUGAAGGCUGUCAUCACUCUGCUCCUGUUUUUGAGUCUCUCUGGACUGAGCUUCAGUCUCCACAGAAAACACGUGUUUGUGAAUAAAUUAAUGACCUGGAAAGAUGCACAGACGUACUGCAGACAACACCAUGAUGACCUGUCCACCGUCAAUAAAGAAGAGGCACAACUGCUCUCUAGAAAUCCAGAAAUCAAUCAUUUAUAUUUUUGGAUUGGACUGCACAUGAGUCCUAACAACCCAGAAAAAUGGAUUUGGUCUGGAGGUGAGGAUGAACAAAUUGACAAUUGGGACACUGGGGAACCAGACAGGAUCACUCAAGAGUGUUGCGCUGUAAGAAAAUAUAAUUAUAAACUGCACAACGUUCUUUGCUCGUGGACUCUGCCAUUUUACUGUAUGCGGGUCUUUGAGCCCAUUCUGGUGCAUCAGAACAAGACGUGGGAUGAAGCCCUGGACUACUGCAGACAGAACUACAUUGACCUGGUGAGUCUAAGAUCUGAGAUGAUUAUGGCAGAGGUGAUAAAUAUCAUUACAUCAUCCCAGACAGCUUCUGUGUGGACCGGCCUGCGCUUCAUGGCUGGUCAUUGGUUCUGGGUCAGUGGACACAAUCUUCAAUAUAAAGCCUGGUCUGUGGAGGGGGAGCUCCAGUGUCCUGCCAGAAACCUGCGCUGUGGAGCUCUGGAGAGACAAAAUAAUAUUUGGACACCCAAAAAUUGUGAGGAUAAACUCAACUUUGUCUGUCUUAAAAAGCUAUAAAUGUGCUUCAUGUUGCAUUACAUACAUUUCUUCAUGUAGGCCUAUAUAUGAUAC